AUGGCAAAGGUAUUGGAGGCAUUGAUUGCCAAGGGGCGUCGUGUUCGGCGCCCUCGAGAGCAAAAAGAGGUCGCCUUUGGCCUCGCCGACCUGUCUACCCACGAGGAACUGCAUGACCGCAUCGUCAAGAAAGGCGGCAUCCGAUCCCUGCUGGAGCUCCUGCGACGCUCCCAAGAUGUAGAGGCACAGAGAUUUUCAGCUCUUUGCAUCGCCAACUGUGCAUCUGCUGUGUUUACGCGUCUUCAGAUCGUGGAAGACGGUGUGCUGGAACCGAUUAUCAACUUUAUCAAAGACGACGAUGCGGACAUGAUUGUUCGGCAGUAUAGUGCGAUGGGGUUAGGGAACCUUGCUGCUGAGCCCGAUAACCACGACGAUAUAGCAAAACUAGACGGGAUCAGCGCGUUGGUCACACUUCUUAAGGCAAGCGACAUCGAGUCUGGACGGUACGCCGCGUUUGCUCUGAGCAACUUGGCUGCAAACGCUAAUCUCAGGGAUGAUGUGGUACUCGCCGGGGCGGUGCCAGCCCUCGUAGCCCUGGCUUGCUGCGAGGAUUUCAACGUCCAGCGCCAGUCGCUGUCUUGUGUCCGUGGACUGUGCAUUACGCCUGGGUACCGAGUUCAAGUGGUACGCGACGGCUUUUUGGAUCCCCUGGUUCUCAUGGCGAGGACAGACGAUAUGUUGUUGCUGCGAGAAGUUGCUGCCGCGUUCAACUGUUUGAGUUGCAUGGAAGAGAACAAGAUGGAGAUGGUGGACCGCGCAAUCGCCAAUAUCAUCUCGAUGACGAUGUGUGGGGACAACGAGGUCGAGCGUCACGCUUGCUGCACCAUAGCCAACCUGAUGGAGAUGAGCGAGCUGCACAACCGGUUGCUCGAAGAGCGAGGCCUCCCCCCGCUGAUCGCGCUGUCAAGAAGCGGUGAUAUCAACUCGAGAGAGGAAGCAAAUCGAGCUGUCGCCAACCUCGCCGCCAACCCGGACAUGCAGCAAGCUAUCCUCAGAGAGGGCGCGCUCAAGCCUAUGGUGGAGGCGUUGACGAGCGGUGAGGUCAACGCCCGCCGCUUCGCCGCACUCGGACUGGCAAACCUGGCAACCACGGUGUCAAGCCAGGUAAAGAUCGUCCAGACCGGCGCACUAAAACCUCUGGUGGCUAUUGCGAAAGCGGUGGAGACGCAGCUCGAGGCACGCCGCUAUGCGGUUCUCGCGAUCGCUAACUUGACAGCAACGCUCGCUAACCACCCCAGUAUCCUGGAGGAGGGCGCCCUCCACGCCCUCUUUUCGCUGAGCAACAGUCCAGACGUGAUGAGCCAGUACUACGUCGGGUGCGCGUUGGCCAACCUUAGCUGCUCCGCCCAGAACCAUAAGCUCAUUAUCGAAGAAGGGGGUCUGCAGCCAGUCAUCACGUUGUCCUACAGUUCAGAUCCGGAUGUCCACCAGCAAGCAGCGGCUGCAAUGCGGGGGCUCAGCGUAUCUGACGAGAACAAGAUGAAGAUCGUACAAGAAGGUGGGCUGGAGCCGCUGGUCCAGCUCUUAGCCUCCGAAGACAUCGAAAUCCUCCGCGAAGUGUCAGCUGCGCUAUGUAACCUGAGCGUCGGCGAUGAGAACAAGUUCGAGAUCUGCAAGAGCGGGGCGGUGCCUCCCCUGAUACACCACAUGCAGAGCGAGGAUAUGUCCUCAGCGUCACAGGCCGCCGCUUGCCUCGCCAACCUGUGCGAGAUCCCCGAGAACCAGGUCGUGGUGUCACGGGAGGGAGGAAUCCGCCCGGCCAUCCUCGCCAUGCGAAGUCGGUACGUUGAAGUCCAGAGGGAGGCCGGCCGCCUGCUCGCGAACCUUUGCGCCAGCACCGCGUAUAGAGAGCCCAUCAUCGAUGCGGGGGGGCACCAGCUUCUGAUAUCGUACCUCCUGAGCCAGGAUGUAGCUUCGCAGAGGGUGGGGGCACUCGGGGUUGGGAACCUGUGCACCCACGACACGCUUCGGGUAGUGAUGAUGCAGUCCGGCGCGCUCGAGCCUCUGUGCUCGCUCGCCAGGUCGGAGGACAUCGAGCUCGAGAUUCAGCGCUACGCCGUACUCGCCAUCGCCAACCUGGCCAUUUCCGUGGACAAUCACGUCGCAUUCAUCGAGGAAGGCAUGCUCACGCUGCUCAUUUCAUUGUCGAACGCACCAGACCCGGAGGUGGGUACGUUCAGUCCCGUGUUUUGCAUGGGGCAAAACCUACGGACACGUAUUUCAAGGUGCCCGAGACUUGGUGCUGACCGCAGUAUUUUGUCACAAAUGACGUCGGUUUGUGGAUGGCUACCAAUGGCCACCACUUUGCGCUUGGACGAAAUGUGUUGCUACUGCCAAACGCGAAAGUGGGCUUCGUUCGUGCUCGGAAGAACCUUCAGACCCUAUCUUCAGUUUCGACGUUGCCCGUUGUUCACUUUACUUCACAUCACAUCAUCACAGGUACGGCAGUACGCAGCCUAUGCCCUCGUGAAGGUGGGGCAGAACAGCGACGUCCGCAAGCAGGUCACGGAAGAGGGGGGUCUCGAGCCGGUCCUGUACCUCGCACGCACGGAGGAGCCCGAGAUUCAGCGGGAAACUCUCGCUUGCCUGUGCUCGCUCUCGUUUUCUGAGGAGAACAAGAUCAACAUCACCAAGUACGGAGGCCUGCCCCCCGUGAUGAGCGCGAUUAAGUCCCCCGACGUGGAGACCGCGCGGAUGGCGUGCUGCGCGUGCGCUAACCUGUGUGAAAUGGUGGAGAAUAUGGACAAUAUUGUGGACGCCGGCGGGAUCCCGGCUCUAGUCCAGGUUAAGAACCAGCCGAAGAUGUUGAAAGCAGGAUUGCUAGAGCCGAUCACGGCGGAGACCCGGAACGCGCUGGACAACAAAUCCAAGUGCGACCACGAAACCAUCCGGUACUGCCUUCUGGCGAUCGCCAACCUUGCCGUCAGCCGCGAGAACCACGGCGUGAUAAUGUCCCAGUGCCUGGAGACCCUGGCAGGGUUCAGCAAGCACCAGGACAUCAAGGCGCGGCAGCACGCCGUCUUCGCCCUGGGAAACAUCUGCGCCAACCCCGACAACCUGGAGGCCGUGGUGUUGAGCGGCGCCCUCAAGACCCUCAUCACCUACGCUUUCCCCUCCACCGACACCUCGGUGAACGUUCAGUUUCAGGCCAUCGCGGCCCUGCGGGGGAUCUCCACCCACCAGACACUGCGGAUGCAGGUGGUCAGGGACGGGGGGCUGGAGCCCCUUGUUCUCGCGGCCAAAUGCGACUCGGUUGAGGUGCAGCGGGAGACGGCCGCUACCCUCGCCAACUUGGCCCUCGCCGAGGAGAACAAGAUUCAUGCGGUAGCGGCUAUGGCGAACAUUGCGGAGAUGGUGGAAGGACGAACGCAGAAGCGAAUGAUCGAGGAGGGCUGCAUCAAGCCCCUGCUUGGGCUCGUGGACUGCCCGGACGUUGAAGUCCGAGAAGAAGCCGCGAGGGCGCUGGCUCUCUUUGCCUCCAAGCGAGAUUCUCAGGCCCACCUCGUCCGGAGCGGCGUCGUCCCCAAGCUCGUGAGCUUUGUCCGCAGCUCGGACCCGGGUGCGAGGCGCUACGGUGUCUUGGGAUUGGCCAACCUCGCCGUCGUGACCCAGAACCACCAGACGCUGUUUGAGGCCGGCGGGGUUUCCAGCCUUCUCAUGGAGGCCGUGUACGCCGCGGAGGACAUAGAGACUCGCCGUUGCGUGGCCUUCGCGCUCAACAACAUCGCGAGCUUCGAGCCGAACCACCGGGCUUGCGAGCGGGCCGGGGUGUUGCGGCCGCUGGUGCAACUCCUGAAGGACCCCGACGCCAACACGCACCUCCAGGCCGUGUUCGCGAUUAGGCAGCUGAGCGUCACCGCGAGAUGCCGCUCCCAGCUGGUGGAAAUGAAGGGGCUUCCCCCUUUGCUCAGGCAAGGGGGUGGGAGCGGGGAGUGCGGGCGGAAGGGGGUCAUUUUAGCCGUGUUGCGUCAAGGUGGAGACGGUCGGAUCGCCCCCUUUACUCGCAAAGUGGACAUCGUGUUGGAAGGAGGACUGCCAGUGCUGAUCGAAAUGAUGCACAGCGCCGACGUGGAGACGGCUCACCAAGGCACGGGCGUUGUGGCAAACCUGGCCGAAGUGGUGGAAAACCAGGGCAAGAUGGUCGAAUCAGGCGUGCUCCAACACCUCAAGUUCGUCAUGAGGAGUAAGUCGGUGGACGUGCAGCGAGAAGCCGUCAGGGGAAUUGCCAACAUCAGCGCCGAGUACGCGUAUACCGCCGUCCUCGCCGGGGCCGGGGCGAUCAUGCCGCUCGUCGCGAUGCUCAGCAGCCCGGACUUCCUGUGCCAACGCUACGCAGGGAUGGGCGUUGGAAACCUGGCCACGAACCUCGGAAACCAAGAGAAGAUCAUUAACGAGGGAGCCCUGCAGCCCCUCCUGUCCCUAGGUCGCCGGGACAACGGCGACCUCGAAUCCCAGCGGUACGCCGUGUUCGCCCUGACGAACGUCGCGGCCACCCGGAGCAACCACUCGCGCUUGAUCGGCGCCGGCGUGUGCGAGCUCAUGGCCGCGCUGCUGGAGGCGGACGACGUCGAGAUCCGGAACUCGGCGGCGUUCUGCAUUGGCAACUUCGCGUCUAACCCCGACAACCACGCAACGCUGAUGGACGAGGGGGUGUUGGGGCCGCUGAUUAACCUCGUCGCGUCGUCAGACCCGCAGGCGCAGCUUCGAGCGGCCUCUGCUCUCCGAGGGCUUUCCGUCGACGAAGAGCUGCGCACCCAGAUUGUCGCCCGGGGGGGUCUAGUGCCACUGCUACGGCUCAGCAGCAGCGACGACGUCGAAAUUCAGAUGGAGGUUCUCGCCGCCUUGUGCAACUUGUCCCUAUCCGGGUGCAUCGGCCAAGACCCGGCGCGCUUCCUCAAGGCGGUGGACGUCGGGAACUUGGUCUCCUUCCUGUGCUCGGCCGACGUCACCUACCGCCUCUUCGGGGCGGUCACUCUAGGCAACAUCGCCUCCGACGUCAACCUCCAGGCCCCCAUCGUCCGGGGCGGGGCUCUGACCCCUCUCAUCACCAUCGCCAACGCCGCCGACUUGGAGACCCAGCGCUGCAUCGCGUACUCCCUGUGCAACCUCUCGGCCAACCCUGCACGGCGGGGGGCGAUCAUCUCGGAGGGGGGACUGCCGCCGCUGAUCUCGCUCGCGUGCAGCGAUCACCCCGUCGACCAGCGGGCGGCGCUGGCGACCCUGAGGGCGAUUUCCGCCGACCCGGACCACCGGAGAGCGGUCGUGGAAGCCGGAGCCCUGGAGGCGUUCUGCUUGGGGGCGAGGUGCGAGGACGAUGUCGAGGUCCGAAGAGAGGCCGCCCGUCUCCUGUUCGCCCUGUCGCUCAACGAGCUCAACAAGUUGGACGUCGCCGGGGUGGGCGGCACCUUGGAUGGCGGCGGUGGAGAAGGAGGAAACGCGGCCACCGCCGAGGUUGCCACCGAUCUGGUCGCUCUCGCGCGCAGCGACGACCCGUCCUGCGUGCGCAACGCGGUGGGAGCCCUGGCAAACCUCAGCGAGAACGACGCCACCCACGAGCGCCUGCUGGGCUGGGGUGCGAGCUUCUUGAGCGAGCUGGCGCUGAAGAGAUCGCCGCCGCCGGGAAGCGGCGGCGAAGGCCUUGCGAGCGAGGAUCACAAUAUCGACGGUGACAUUUCGACCGGGGGUGAUGACACCGGGCGUACGGCGUCAGGGGAGGCGGGGGGUACGGACGUGGGGUUCGUGAGGGAGGCCACCCGGUGCUUGGCAAACCUUGCGGGCAACUAUGCUACGCAUGAUAAGCUGCUCGACGGCGGCGUUGCGGACGCGCUGGUGGGGUCGUUGAAGAAGGUGGACGCGGUGACGGCGAGGUUUGCCGCUCUCGGCUUGGCCAACCUGGCGGGGCAGAGUGGCAACCACGGACGGGUCUGCGCCGCCGGGGCGAUGAUUCCGUUGGUUCAGCUCGCCGCCGGGGACACACGACGCUUUAUCCUCCUUCGCGACGACGGCACCAUAGACGUGGAAGGCAUGGCCGACCCAUUGCGAGAGCCGAGGCUCGACGAGGAGAUGAUUCGACUCCUUGGAUACGACGUGGACUGUAGAAGAUACGCCUGCCUGGCGUUAGGGAACCUUGCCGUGGCAACCGUGAACCACGGCGAAAUUAUUGCAGCCAACGGCCUGGAAGGGCUCAGCUCCGCCCUCGACUGCGACGAUGAUGAAACCGUUUUCAACUCCUGUUACGCCCUGAACAAGCUCGCCAUGAGCGAAGCAAAUCACGAGGUCAUGGGACGAAAAGGCGUCCCGAAGCCCCUCGUGUUUGUGGUGGGCUCGGGCUCGAGCGGGGACCUCAACACUACCGGGCAGGCAGUGUCGGCUCUUCGAAGGCUGGCCUCCAAUGCGGACAACGCCGUCGGGAUGGUCAGGGAUGGCGUUUUGGACGCUCUCAAGCACGUCUGCGAAGAGGUGGGCUGCGUGGAGAACCAAAGAGAGGCGGCGGCGCUCCUCUGCGCCGUGGCCGUGCCGUACGAGAACAAACUGCCCCUUGCUGAGAGCGGGUCUGCAGAGCCGCUCAUGCUCAUGUGUCAGAGCGCGGAUGUCGAGGUGGCCCGACUUGCGUGUGGAGCAGUGGCCAACGCUGCCGAAGACUCUUCGACCCACCCGGCCCUGCUGUCGCGAACGAACGCGAUGCACUACAUGGUAUUCCUCAUGAGGAGCAGGCACCUGAGCGUCCACAGGGAAGCCUCUCGGGCGUGUGGAAACCUCCUCACCCAUCGGGACGCUCACAGAGACUUCAUUUCGGAGUACAACGCGGCCGUCAUCUACCGCAAGCUUUGCGCCGACCGGCACACGCACGACUACGUCGUAGGGCGCGGCGGGCUGCAGGCACUGCUCGGCCUGGUGCAGCUGAGGGGGAUGGGGACGCAGAGGCAGGCGGCGGCGGCGCUGAGGGACGUGUGUUCCAAUAAGGAUCACAAGGUCACCGUCGCCGGGGAGGGGGGGCUUCGAGCUCUGGUCGCGCUCUCACGCUGCGAGGACCUCGAGCUGAGGAUCCUCGCAGCUGGCGCCCUCCGACACCUGAGCCUCAACACCAGGGUGAAACGGCCUAUGGUGGAAGAAGGGGCUCUCGGGUCAAUCCUGAGGUGCGUCGACGAGGGUUCCGACAGCCUCGACCUGCUCUGCCAGUGUGCUGGAACAAUCUCUAACCUUGCUGAAGACGCGCGAAACCAGGUUGGCGUCUUCAACGCAGACGAUCUCCGUGCCAUCUUCUCCCUCGCCAGCUCUGCCGAGGAGAAGUGCGUCCGUGACGCCGCCAUAACCCUGGGAAACCUGGCGGUCGUCACCAGGAACCAGCAGGCCAUCGCAGACGCUGGCGGGUUCCCCCCUCUCGUGGCCAUGCUCAGCGGCAACCCCUACGUAUCGUGCCAGAAGUUUGCGGCGCGAGCACUGUACCGCCUGGCCGCCCACGCGGACAACAAGCCGAAAAUUGUGGCGGACGGGGCGUUGCCGCCCCUGGUUCGGCGGCUUCGCAGCCCUGACGCUGAGGUUGCGAGGUUUUCGGCGAUGACGCUCUGCAACCUGUCCACCCACGAGGACUGCAAGUCGACCCUCGUAUCCUUGCACGGCUUGCCGCCGUUGAUCGAAAUGCUGGAGGGAGAAUCAGACCUCGUGAAGCGAUACGCCGCCAUGACCCUAUGCAACUUGUCGACCCUGGCAGUGAAUCAGGUCCACAUCGUCAAGGCCGGCGCGUUGCCCAACCUCGUGAGGCUCACAUCCCUGGGGCGAGAAAAGCUGGACGUCAGCCGCUACUGCGGGAUGACGCUGUCCAAUCUCGCCUGUCACCGACAAAACCGCGUGCCUGUCGUCCACGCGGGCGGGCUGAAACCCUUGUGUGACAUGGCCUUCGACGGCGAGCGACUUGAGAUGCAGAGGGCAGCGGGCCUCGCCCUAUACAAUCUUAGCUGCGCCGCGGCGAACCAGAUCGUCAUGGCCGAAUCUGGCUGCCCGGCGUCUCUGAUUCGACUGACAUCUUGUCCUGAUGUGGACUGCAAGCGUCUGGCGGUGAUGACGCUAUGCAACCUUACCGCGAACGCGGAGACGCGUGCGGCAGCAACCCGGGGGGGUGGGCUGCAAGCCGCCGUGAGGCUAACGUCGGACGGGGACGGGGAGUGCAGGAGGUACGCCGCCACCUGCGUCUGCAACAUGGCCAACGAUCACCAGAUGCAGGCGGCGAUGGCCUUGGGAAAUAUUGCCGCCAACGAGGGAAAUCACCCCCAGCUUGUGGCGAAGGGGGCGAUCCAGGCCCUUGUAGCGUUGUCCAACUCGUCGGAGGUAGAUGUACGUGAGUACGCCAGCUUCGCACUGGCGAACCUCGCCAGCAACGCGGACUAUUUGGACGCGAUCGGGUCGAGGGGGGGGAUUGAUCCCCUCGUCAAGCUUGCUGGUUCCGCAAACGUUCACACUCAGGUGGCGGCGUGCCUGUGCAACCUGUCCCUCAGCGAGCAAGACCGAGUCGAGGUUGCCGCACGAUGCGUGCCCGCGUUGGUGGUCCUAUCUCAAGGGGGCGACCUCGAGGCGGCGAGACAGGCGAUAGGCACCCUUGCAAAUCUGGCGGAAGAGAUCGACACGCACGAGCUCAUCGCCAAGUCGGGGGGAGGGAGGGUGAUGACGGGGCUCAUGAAGCACGACGCCCUUGACGUUUUCCGGGAGGCGAGUCGGGCAAUCUCCAACCUACUGACUAGCUUUGAGCACCAGGCCGUCAUCAUCGAGCAGGGGCUCGCCGGGCUGCACGCGCUCGCCGAGAGCACCGACCCAGAGUGCCAGUACCACGCCGCGCUGAGCUUCCGCAAGCUCUCGCCGAACCUCGCAUCCCACCGCGGAAUAUGCUUUGACGGCGGACUCAAGGCUCUGUUUCACCUCCUCAAGGCUAAAGACUUCAAGACCAGGAGACAGGCAGCGACAGCCCUCCGAGACCUUUGCGCGCACGCCGACCACAAGUUCAAGAUUGCCGACGAAGGCGGGGUCGAAGCCCUCGUUUCCGCAGCCUUGGAACGCGAGAUCGAGCUCCAGAUCCUUGCAGUGGCGGGACUGCGCCACCUGUCGAUGCUUGACCCGCUCAAGCAGGCCAUCGUGUCGGCCGGGGCGCUACGGCCAAUCGUUCGCUGCGUCAAGUGGGCGAACGAGGACCUCCAGUGCCAGCUCGCCGCGGCCCUGGCCAACCUGUCGGAAGAAAUCCAGAACCAGGUUACCAUGGUGGAGGACGGAGCGGUGCAGGCGCUCGUCGCGGUCGCGAGGGCGGAGAACGACGAGAUACAGCAGGACUGCUCCCGGGCGCUGAGCAACCUCAGCAGCAACGAAGAGAACCACACCCUGGUGUACAGGCUGGGCGGUCUGCAUGCGUUGGUGGGGCUGACGAACUCAACCGAGGACGUCUGCCAGAGGUACGCGGCGUUCGGGCUGAGGUUCCUGUGCAGCAAUCCGGAGGUGCGCGUGAGCAUUGUCCGGGACGGGUUGAUCAAGCCCUUCCUGGCGCUGGCGCAAAGCCCGCUCAUCGAGUACCAGCGGACCGCGGCCGCGGCGUUCGCGAGCUUCUCCCUCAACGACGAAAACAAGCAGAAGAUGGUGCGGGAGAGCUGCCUGGGCCAGAUCCUGGCGUGCUGCCUCUAUUCGGACCUCGAGGUCGUCCGAAACUGCACCUUCGCCCUCGCCAACCUUGCGGACUCUUUAGACCUGCAGAGCGACGUGGUGAGGGAGGGAGGCAUCGAGAUACUUCAAAAGGUUGGCAUGCACGACGACGCGCGCGUCCAACGCGAUGCCGCCCGCACCCUUGCGUGCCUCAGCGUCAGCGACGACGUUAAAGACGCCAUCAUCACGAAAGGCGCGCUGCCGACGUUGUUCCAGCUGGCCCGCUCUCUCGACGUCGCGAGCCAGCGAUACUCCACCCUCGCGCUCUGCAACUUGUCUUCCGGGGAGCACAAGGCGCGGAUCGUCAGCGAGGGGGCCGUUCGGCCGCUCACGUUCCUGGCCCGGUUCCCCGACCUCGAGAUACAGCGGUAUGCGGCGCUCGCGAUCGCCGGCCUGGCCCUGGGAGAUCACGGUAAGCCCCCAAACAAGCUUCGAAUAUCCGAGGAGGGUGCUUUGAAGCCGCUCAUCGACCUCGUGCGAUUCCCGGAGGCCGAGGUGCAGCGGUGCGCGUGCCUCGCCGUGAAUGCCGUGGCCCUCGGCACCCACAGCUCGACAAAAACGGCGGUUAUGCACGAGGACGGGCUCUUCCCUCUCCUGGAGCUGGUCAACUCUGAGGACGGCGACUGCGUGAGGACCGCGGUGUACGCGCUGGGUUCCCUGUGCGAGAGCGACCCGGUCAAGGCGAGGCUAGUCGAGCUCGGUGCCGUCGUGAACGUGGUCGGCCAAGCCAGCUUCGGCGAUAUCGAGGUCAAGCGCGCUGCCGGAUACUUCCUGGCCUUGUUGUGCGAGACAAGAGAGUUCCACGACGACCUGGCGAGGGAAGGUGGACUCCAGGCGGUGGUGGCACUCGCAAGUCUUGAAGAUGUCGAAUGUCAAGAGUACGCAGCGUUUUCCUUGGCGCACUUGUCGAGCAACCACGAGUACCAGGUUACGCUUGUGGAGCUCGGCGCACUGCGUCCCCUGGUGAGCAUGAUGGCGGUUGAGGCCGAGCCACGCCAUUACGCCGGGCUUGCACUCCUCAAGCUGGCCGACAACUUCGAGAACCACAUCCGCAUCGCCGAAGAGGGCGGCAUCCAAGCCCUCCUCAGGCUUGGCCGCGCGCGGUCCACGGACGAGGAGCUGCAAUACAAGGCCGCGCUGACAGUGGGUCAUCUGGCAUCCAACGCAGUAAAGCUGCUACCCAAGGGCAAGGAGAAGGCAAACAUCGGGUUCGGAGCAACCGUGUUGCAGAGCAACACCGACAGCAAGGCGCGGCGAGCACAGAAGCAGACGCAAGAACAUUUGGACCAGUCAUUGCGAGCUGGAUAG